AUGGAUGACAAUAUUUUUUCUGAGCAUUCUAUUAUUGAAUCACAGGAAUAUGAAUCAUCGUUAGGUCAUGGUAUUCGUACUGAUUGUUUAACAGGAUCACUGCAAGAAUUGUCCGAAUUUGAAGAAUCUGAUGAAAUAUCUACUCAUACUAACCGUGAUGUAUUUUCAUUCUGUGAUGACACGCCUCCUCCUGUUCAAGCGUUUUAUAUACGCGAAGAAGAUUUGUAUGAACAAUCAAGUGAGAUAAGUAAAGAACUUUCUCUUAUAUCAUCCGAUUUACAAACAAGUGGAUGUUCCACCGAUUCAGAGCCAUUUGGAAAUUUACAUUUUAUUGAGCCUUUAAUGAGCAGUACGCCUAAGAAACAUAUUAAAGUUGCUCUGUCAUCAAGAUCUCGACUUCAAGAAAAAAAGAUCUCCAAAAGCACUAUUAAAAAGGCCUCUCUAGAUCAGUGUUCUUGUCCAAAGAAAUGUACUAGGCAGAGCUUUUUCACAAAAGAAUUAAUUGAAAAUUGCCAUUCGACAUUAUGGAGAUUGAAUACCACAGAUAGGCCAAAAUGGUUUCAAAGAAAGUUUGAUGACUUUCAAUGUGUAAAAAAGGGAACCUUUAAAUUCAUUCUUAAAGGCCACAGGGUUUGCUUGAAGAGUUGGUUGAUUGCUUAUGGGAUUAAGCAAUCAAUCUAUUACAAGGAACGAAGAACAUGGUUGAGGAAAGAAGUGCCACCCUCUAACGAAAGAAGGCUAACAUCAGAAAAAAGACUUCAUGUUAUCAAUUGGUUUGGAGAAUAUAUAGCGAUGAGAGGAGAAAAUCCACCUCACAUCCAAGAAAUUUGGCUGCCCUUUGGUUUAAGAAAAAAUGAAAUUUAUGCUGGGUAUAAAGUGGAUACAGAGGAAGAGAACAGAGCUUGUGUAUCUCUUCAGACUUUCCUCAACAUAUGGAAUGAACACUUUCCACAUGUGAAAAUUAAACAGAGCAACUUGUUUACUCGAUGCACUACAUGUGACAAGCUUGACAGAGAACUGCACAAGCAAUUGAACCCAGAGAAAAAAAAGGAAAUUUUUAUAAAGAAGCAAGAACAUCUUCACAGACAAAUGAAAGAGAAAAGUGCAUAUUACAGACGAAAAACAGUAAGCAGAAGAAGACCAGAUAGGUACAUAAGCCUCAUAAUUGAUGGAAUGGAUCAGUCCAAAACAAACAUUCCCCAUUUUAAGGGAAGACCAAGCAAGGAAUUUGCAGCAACAAGGCAACUGAAUGUGCAUGUUACUGGAGUUUUGAGCCAUGGCCUGAAUAGAAAAUAUCUGUUUACAGACCUGCACCAGUACAAACAUGAUUCCAAUCUUACAUUGAAUGUUUUGAUGAAAGUGCUAUGGAACCACUCAAAGGGAAAAUCAUUGCCUCCUGUCCUUUACCUACAGGCAGACAACUGCUUCAGAGAAAAUAAGAACAAGUUUGUCCUGUCUUUCUUGGAGCUUUUAGUCAGGCGUCGGAUUUUUUAUGAGGUCCAACUUUCCUUUCUUCAUGUGGGGCACACACAUGAGGAUAUAGAUCAAAUGUUCAGUGUCAUUGCUGAUAAUCUCAGACACAGAGAUGCAGCAACACUCCCUGAGAUGAGUGACAUACUCUACAAUGCAGAAGAACUAAGAGGAUGUCUUGAUAUAUCUGGAUGGUUAUCUCCUUGCUUAAAAGGUGUAAAAUACCACACAAGGACAAACACCUUUAGGUAUAGACUCAAUGAGUUGACAGGGGAUGUGCACAUCUGCUACAGAAAAAAUGUGGACCAUUCCUGGAAGUCUUUGCAGGGAAGUUUCUUCAAGCAAAGGGAAAAUGGAACCCUAACGCUGCCAACAAAUGUACCAAAUAUAUUGACAGCAUCAUUGGAGAAGGUUGAUGUAGCAAAUAUCAAGAAGAGUUUGACAAUUUGGACAAAGAUGAUGACAACAGCAGAAAGUACAUGGUGGGAAAAAUUUGUAACAUUCUUGCAGGAAACCAAAACCAAUGCCAGUAGGUAUUCAAGAAAAGGGGCAAUAUGGUAUCUUCCAAAGAUACCAGAAUACAACCCACACUCCAUUCAGGACUCUGACAACAGCAGGGAACAUCCAGCAGUGCCUGAAGAUUUGCAGAGAAUGCUUACAAAUGAAGAUGAAAAUCCAGAGGUUCUCUUGUGUGAGUAAAUGGAAAGAAAUGUAUGGACACCUUCAACAUUGCGAAUAGGAUACUUGUGUAAAAUCCUCUGCAUUGCAUAGCAUACUUAUCUGGUUCACCU